UUAACUCUCUCUCUCUCUCUCUCUGCUUUGUUAAGUGUAAAACUUGAUCUAUAAUGGCUCAGUCAAGCAUGGUCAUUCUCAUGCUACUGGCCGCAAUGUUGCUGGCCUCCACCACAGCACAAGCUCCGGCGUCUUCUCCUGCACAGUCCCCGGAGAAAUCUACACCGGCCUCAUCCCCCGUAGUGAGUCCACCAGUUUCUGCACCUUCUCCUCAAGCAGCUGCGCCCGCUCUCUCCACCGCGAACUCUCCGUCUUCGCCGCCUCCCGCGUCAUCCGAAACUCCGGCAAGCGCUCCCUCAUCGAUCUUCGCGCCACCUUCCGAAGCACCUGGCCCUGCGGAGAGCGGUGCCGUUUCCAACUGUUUCGCACUCCCCGGGUUUGUCGUUAUCGCCGUGUCCGCUGGGGUUUUGUUGAUCUAGUAGAUUGAUUCGACUACUCGGAGUAUUUUACCUCGAGCUCUUGGAUUCUUUAAUUAUUUGUCUGUGAAAAAUUAACUUUAUUAUUUGUUUCUGCCGUUUAUACAAGUCUCCUUAAAUCUUUCUGGAUUUUUUUUUAUCAGUUGAUCUAUUCUUUUCAUUAAUUCUUAAUUACUUGAAAUUGUAGCGACCACAACGGCAUGGCAGUGUGUCUUUUCGUAAAUCCAUCAAAAAGCAGAGAAAGAUUUGGAUACGAAUUAUAUUGGCAAUAAAA